AUGCCAGUACCCAUUUUACCGCCUGCUGCAUGGAAUUCCCAUGUGCACUGCUUCGACCCGGAGCACUACCCUUUCAAAACAACGCGCGCUUAUACCCCGCAGCCAGCAGCAUUGCAAGACCUCAUUCAGAACUCAAGAUCGGAUAAUGUGAUGCUUGUACAAGCGACCAUUGAAGAUGGAUAUGAAGGCUUGUUGGAACACCUGCAGCAAUGCCGGGACCUGUAUCCCGAUAAGCUUGUCCGUGGGACUAUCUUUUGGGAUCCUGGAAGUACGGGUUUGAAGAGCCUCACUGAAUUUGAGUUUGAGAAGCUGCAUAACGCAGGGGUUCAAUCUGUGAGGAUUCAUGGCUCAUAUGGCGGUUCUGGCGAUGAUGUAUCUUGGGUGGUACAGCAAUUCCUGGACGUUGCUUCUCAUUGCCCUCUGCGUAAAUAUAACUGGAGUAUCUCAGCACAAUUACCGCUCAAGACAUGGUCUUCAAUUGCAGAAACGCUCUCUUCUCAUCGAGACCUCAAAGAAAUCCCCAUAAUCAUUGAUCACAACGCUUCCGCAACAUCAGCCGACAUCAACACCCCCGCCUUCACCUCCCUUCUACACCUUCUCAUCUCCUCAAACACCUACAUCAAACUCGGUGCCCUCCACCGAAGAAGCACCCAAAUCUCCCAAAUGGAGCACAUAAUAAAAACCAUCGCAAACGCCGCGCCUGACUCAAUCCUCUGGGGAAACGACUGGCCGCACUGCAAUGCUGCGAUCCGAGGACUUACCCCGACGCCUCCGCUUGAAGUAGACACAGACCAGGAGCUUGGACUGUUGAGGGAUUGGCUUACGGAGGAGCAAUGGGAGCGUAUGCUUGUUUUGAACCCCAAACGGGUAUUCGGCACGCGGGGGUAG